CUCAGUAGGAGAUGAGCGCUCGCAGAGUGAGCAUUGGGAUCGAACCCUUGUUUCGGAACGGGCGAGAAUGUUAGUCAGUGAUCGCCGAGCGACUGUGAGAGAGGAUCCUAACGUCUAAAGUUGACAAACUUGUGCGUGCGACGUUGUCGAUAUCCGGUACUAAAAAAAAAAAAAAAGAAGAGAGAGACAGAGAAAAAGAGAUAAAGAGAAAUUAAAGAAAAAUUAUAACAAGGUGGAAAGAUUGCGCCUCUCUCGAAUUUUGACACGCAAAAGUUCGACCGCUGCUCAGCGAGCACGUGGAUAGAGAAGUAAUAUAACGUGCGUAGUCUCCCUCCUGAGAUUAAAGCUCAGCAGGAGGAAAAAGGUGUCUUUUUUAGCGCGCAGGGGAUAGCGACGCGCCGGAUCCGCGCACGACGGUCCAUCAUAUCCAGUCGAGUCGCGUUCACGAGAGGAAACUGCCGGUGUAUAACGGAUUGUGAUGCACGUCGUCGACUUACCAUUGUUAAAUUGAAGUGCAGUGUUACGCGGAGUUGUUCCGGCCCCGGAAAAAAAUGGUGCCAACACAACAGGACCCCUCGAGCUCGGGGGUUUAUACGGAUAUCGUAUUCGGCUCGCUUCUUGUGGAUGAAAAUUCGCUGACGCCGUAUUCAGAUGCGACCCAGACGAAGAAGAACACGCCGGGUCGCGUAAAGAGGCCGAUGAACGCGUUCAUGGUCUGGUCACAGUUGGAGCGCAGGAAGAUAUGCGAAGUGCAACCGGACAUGCACAACGCCGAAAUCAGCAAGAAAUUGGGCGCAAGAUGGAAACAACUGACGGAGGACGAGAGACAGCCUUUCAGAGACGAGGCCGAGCGACUUAGGCAUCUCCACCAAAAGGAAUACCCGUUCUACAAGUAUCGGCCAAGGAAAAAGGCCACGAAGCCCGCCGAAGUGUCAAAGGCGAAGGAAAAGAAGAGAACGAGGAAAUCGGCGUCGUUGUCGCUGUCGUCGCCAACGCCCUCGCCCGCGUCGGUAUCGUCAGUGUCAUCUCUGAACAGUCCGGCCUCGACAACCUCGUCGUCAUCGUCGUCGUCGUCGUCAUCAUCAACAUCUUUGCCCUCGUUGUCGCCCGCUACACCCGGUGCUAGUCAUGCAAGAACGAAAAACGAUAACAACAACAACAACACCCCUCAGCAAACGAUGAAAAAACCGCUCAAGAGACUCCAAACUGGCGCGAAACCGAUGUCCAGGCCGAACUCCAGGAACAUCCGGCUGACAUUGGAUACUCUGGAGACACCGAGGCAUUCAUUACACUCUGACGUGGAUUACACGCCUCCCAUAGUAUCCGCCAAGGUGCCAACCAGUCCGACCUGCGACACUCCGGAUUCGCCGGAAUCUGCUACCUUUUACGAUGACAGCUACGGCCCGGAAUGCGCCACGUCCAGCAAUGCGAUCUGCAACAUCGCCACCAAGAUCAAACAAGAACCGAAGUGCGAAGACAAUAGUUUCGCUUCGAAGGAUCUGCUGCUCCCGUCUCUGCUCCCACCAAUGCGAACGAGCAACAGGGAGGAGUACUGCCGCAUCAAUUCCGGUGGUCGACAGACAACAGAUUUCACGAUCAAGGAGGAGGAGAAGACGACCUUUGACGUGAAACCACGUGGAUACAACAAUGUGUUGAGGACGUUGUCACAGUCCUUGAUGAUGAACACGACGCUGUUGGCGUCGCAAUCGUCUACCGUGCCGUCCGCUCUCACAACGACGACAAUGGGCACCACGGGUAUCAGCCUCGAGGAGGCCCUUGACGAUUCCCUCACCGGAAUCGGCCACCCGGUCAAGUUGGAAGAGCUGAUGAACAAUCCCGAACUGUCUGACCUGACGUUGUCCGACAUGCCGUCCGAACUCGAGGAUAGUCUGGCCAUCGAGGAUAGCUUGGCAAUCGACGUGAGCGAUCUGGCGUUCAGCGCCAGCACGCCCCUACAGUUUACGCACGAUCUCAGUGGCGACGGUAUGGUGUCCGCGAUCGGCGUGAACGAGGAGUGGCAGGCGCCCUGCUAUUGAACGGGACGAGCGGAGACAUCGUUGUUUUCAUCUGCUGGUUUGUCGUAUUGCAGCGGUCUCUCUCGCGCGGUUUGUCAACGCGCGCUCGUGUCGCAAGUUGUCGAAGGCAGCCGCGAAGCUAAAGGUAAAAGAUUUUGUCCACGAGCAUCUCGUACAAGCUCGACCCGAUUCGGAGACUCCAACCGAAACAAGAAUCGUCAUCCGCUAUCGCGUGUCUUCGUGUUUUGUACUGAGGAUAUUUCGCCUCCUCGAACCGGAGCUCGUCGCGGCUUUCGUUUCAUUUUUGCGGUUGACGCAGGCCAGGUUUUUUUUUUUUAUUUUUUUUUUUCUUCAAGAACGUCUCUCUUCACACGCGGAAACAGAAAUAUACGAUUGUUUAAAUUGACUGGUUUUCGACAGUUGCAAUCUUUGUGAGUAGCGAGUCAUCCGCGCAUUCGCGUGAAUGAAAAGAAAAAAAAAGCUCCUUCAAAUAUAUAAAAUUCUUGCCUCGUUAGUUCGCUGACUGCAAAAUCCGAUAGACGCUAAGUCAGCAAAUCUCUCGUCAAUUUCAGACCACCUGCCAAUUGUGGAUCUCCGUUUCUUCGCGAAUGCGAUUUUUUAAUGAUUGCGAAAGGCAAAGAUUUGAUAUUUGAUAGUGCUGAACUUUUCUAACGAACUAGUCCGCCAAUAUGAAAUUUUUCGAUAUUUAAAGCGAUUAGAGAGAUAUAUUUAUUGGCGCUUUUCGUAAUUGUAAAUGUCAGCACGGCAAGUCAAUGGCAAAGUCUUCAUCGAUUGUUGAGAUAAAGAAAAUGAACGAUACCCACGACGCGCGCCGCGUUUCGAAAUCCAAUUUUUUUGUAUAUGUAUUGUAGUAUAUUUUGUAUGAGAAGUUAAAAUAUAAUAUAGUUAAAUAUAUAUAACGGAUAAGCACAGGUGGGCAGAUCCGGGACGUGCGGAUCGAAGGUGGAUCGAGAAAAGAAAACGCGAAAUUUUCAUUUGCUUUCGAGAUGCGCGAGUUUUGUUUCCCGCGCGACUCGCAACUGUCCACUGUUUUGUUGUAUAUAUAGCGAAUGUGUAUUUAGUAAAAAAAAAAAAAAAAAAAAAC